AUGGAUUCACUUGAUCGGGUGUACAGAACAUCCACGUCGAAAGGCGCUCAGCGAGCGGCUAUCAACUUGAGCCUUCUACUGGGUGGCUGUAUUCCUUUGCUGUUCAUAGCGACAGUCUCAACGGCUUUAUUCUAUCGAAGUUACAUGCCUGAACAAAUCAUCAGUGUCCCGGUGUAUCUCCAAUAUGGGUCCGGACGUGACCCCUUUGGACUCGCCUAUCUCGCAGAUACGAACCUGAAGACGCAGCAGGCAUACGAUAUCAGUAUCGUCUUGACCAUGCCCUUGUCGCCGACGAACGUUGAGCGUGGCAACUUCAUGGUCGUCAUGUGUCUCUUGAAUGGCGAGACGGCGCCUGCGGCCAGCACAGGAACCCAGCGCGAUGCAGAUGGUCCAUUGCGAUUUGAUGGACGGAGCAUCGUCCUCCGAUCCCGCCGCCCUGCACUGUUGCCGUAUAGAGACCCAUGGGUCGUUGCGGCUUCUCGCCUCGUCUUUCUGUUCUAUCAUCUCGUCGUGCCCAAGUCGCAAGUCUUGACAUUAGGCGUACCGAUGGCACACAAGAUCCUCCUGGCUUCCCAACAGUCCGCCAUGCCUACUGCCGCAUAUGUUGAGAUCCAGGCUGGUCAAGAUUUACAGACGUACGAGACGUCAAUUGUUAUUACAGCCCAGCUUCACGGUCUGCGUUGGGUUAUGCAUCACUACCGACUGCUUUCAUUCAUCACGGCUAUCGUGCUAUUCUGGGCAGCCGAGAUCACCUUCAUGAUACUUGCUUGGCUGGUCUGGGGCAUGUCGACAACAAGUACCCUUCCUCGAUCUUCGGUACCAGAAUGCACUGCCCCACGUGAAAUCAUUAAGACAGAGGACAGGGAGUUGGAUGAGUUCUCUGAUGUUCCCCGGACCUUUCCUACCUUGAGUAAACAACUACCACUCAAGUACGAGUCACAGCUUAACGAGGAGACUCCAGGGUUGCGACUACAAAACCAAGCAAUGGCCGGAGUCGACGCGGACGAUGAAGGAGACGGAGAUAAGCAGGAUAUGUGGAGGGGCGACUCUGGCAUUGGUACAAGCUACAGUGAGGCAGGAACAGGCAGUGGCGUGAAAGACAUCAGGCGUCGAUUGUCGAACCGCCGCAAGCACGAAUCGUGA